CGCCAACUUAUGAAAAGUAGCUUUGUAAGUCCUUCAUAGAAGUUUCGGAAGUCUACGUAUUUUCUUGAUGUCGUCCUCAAAAUACAAACACAUGAAUUAUUUUUAAGUGUGGAAAACCGAAGCGAAGAAUAACGAAGGGGGAAAUCAAGAUCUAUAGGAAUUUUCCGAAAUUUUGUUUUUAUUUAAAUACAGAUUGCAGUAUCGCCAGUUUGUCUUGUAACUUUCGACUUGCAUAAAUAUAUUUAAGGUGUUUGGCAGAGAAAGGAAAGACAAAAUGGGUGAUAAUUGUUUGGAAGUUUUUGUGGCGCCGACUGAUAUUACCACCAACAAUAACAGUAGCACUGAUGCCGACAUCACAAUCAUCGCCGACAACAUGACAGAUAAACUUUCACCCAAGCUGAAACCAAGCAUGGCCACAAAAAAGAAACUGACACAAGCUCGUUUGUCAUUCAAACCAUUGGAUGCCAAGCCUGUUAAUGCCUGCAGCAAGAAGCGCAAGCUGUCUGACCAAGACACUAGCCUGAGCAAAACUGCCAAGAUUCAAAAGGCAAAUAUCGAAAAUAAAGUAAAACUUCACAAUAAUAUUACAAAUAAUAAUGGUAUUAAUAACACCAACACUAACAAUAAUAGUAACAGUGGUAGUAUUAGUAAUGUUAAUAAAAAUAAUAGUAGUAAUGUUGCCGAGAUGGAAGUGUGCGAUGAGGUUAUUUCCAGUUCUGGUUCGAGCGGUGUCGCAACGCCAAUGCUACAGACUGUGAAGUCUCACACGUUGGACAAGUUCUUCUCAUCAAGAAACGUCCAAGAUGAGAUCAUUUCUAGUUCCACUAAUGACGUCAUUGAUUUGACCAGAUCUGAUGGGGAUGACAACAUCAGUGAGAAAUGUGAAGAGAAUAUAGAAAAAGAAAACAAACUGAGCAGCAACUUCAACGAAGAUGCUAACUUUGCAUUGCUUACAGACUCUCAAGCUAAGCCCAAGUCAGGCGUCAGCGAUGCAAAGGGCAAGGUUCUCAAAGAGAAAUUCGAUCAGGUUGUGGGACGAUCAGGCUGUGAAGUGAAAGUCUUUCUGCCCGACCUGGCACUUUGCGACAUGUCUGUCUGUUCGUCUCCUGCCGACAGCAAGCUGAUCAACUCUGCGCUCUCAGGUUCUAGUUGCAAAUCCCCUCUGUCCACUUCCAAGUCCCCGAAGCAAUGCUCAAAGUCACUGGUGAUGCCGACAUCCGGAGAACAGAAGGACGACGACGACUCCAGUUCAGAGCUUGACCUCUCCACAUGUGCCACUCCCUGCAAUGAGGAGUCUUCCACUACUUGUUCCGUGGCCAGUCACUCAGAUGAGGACGUCACACCAAUGGAAAAUAAUGAGAAACCAAACCCAUUGGCAAGUACUCCAAAACCUGCACAGGUGAAACAAAAGCGACGACGAAGCGAUCCGAUAAGGCAGAAAAUCAAGGAGGAGAGGGAAAAGGAACGAUUGAAGAGGAAAGAGGAAAAAGAAAAUGAACGACUGCAGAAACUACAACAACGUAAAGAAGAUAAGGAGAGGAAAUCUCUAGAACGGCAACACCUAAAGAUACAGAAAGAUAAAGAGCGUUUGGAGAAGGAGAAGCAGCGAGAGAUGGAACGACUGGAGAAAGAAAAACUGAAAGAUGAACUGCGUCGUAAGAAGCAAGAUAUGAUAGAAGCAAAACUGGAGGAAAAACGUAAGAAAGAUGAGGAGAGGAAAAUAAAAGAGGAAGAGAAAGUGAAGGAGAAGGAAGAGGAAAUGAGAAAACAACAAAGAAGAAAAGCAGCUUUCCAGAACUAUUUUGUACAGAAACCUAAGAGUAAACCAGUUGCUAAGCCAAAGGAGCAUUCUGGCAUGUUUAUGCCAUUUGAGGUGAAGAAAGACAUGCGCAUGGCACCGGCAGACAGACGAUCUCUUUCCAAAGAAUCUAUGGACAAAUUGGAUGAAAUUAUGAAUAUUCAGGAUCACCAGCCUUUGUAUCAAGCUGAGUUGAAAUCUAAUGGCUUCACACCCAGGAAAUCUGGGAAGACCUGGCCUAGGGAAGGCGACCAGGUUGAUGAUAUUUCACACGAAGACGACGUUGUGAAGAAGGUGACUUAUCAUGUCAAACUGUUGCAGUUUCACACCAACUACCGUCCUCCUUAUUAUGGCACCUGGAGGAAAUCCAGCAAUGUCUUGUUAGCCAAAAAUCCAUGGAAGAAAGAUACGGCACUUUUUGAUUACGAAGUUGAUAGUGAUGAUGAAUGGGAAGAAGAAGAACCAGGGGAGAGUUUAUCUUCAUCUGAGGAAGAGGAAGAGAAAGACGACAAAGAAGAUGAUGAAGAUGAAGAGGAUGGCUGGAUGGUACCGCAUGGCUAUUUGUCUGAAGGGGAAGGCUGUGUUGAAGAUGAUGAGCAGGUGACUCCUGAAAUAUUGAAGGCCCGCCGAGCUGCCAAGGCUGAAAUAUGGGAGAGACAGAGAAAUCAGCAAGGUCUGCCUCACAAACCAGAAUACAUUGGCUGUAUAUGGGAUGGAUCUGGGAAAAGUGAUGUUAAUAUAUUCAAUGAAUACAGGGUGACCAUCAUAAAUGGAGAAAUGCCAAUUACUACAUCCCAUAAUAGAGCCCCGAAAGAUGUGGAACCUACGGAGAACAAGUCUGGGAAUAACCUGAAGAAACGUAUUGUUCCAGAAGAAGCUCUUCCAGAUUUGAUCAAGUUUGUCCACGGAAGUCGUACCGGCAUCAAGAAGCUCGUCGUUGAAUUCCAAUCUUACUGGAAUAUGCAACAUGCUAAUAUGGUUGCCAAAAUGGCCCAAGAGGAGUCAAAGACGGAACCAAGCAGCGACAUCACACCAGGCACUCCAGGCGAAAAAAGCGAUGCCUGUAAACAGAACAGCACUCCCAACACGUCUGUGACUGAAACCGAUGCUCCAGAAGAAAACUCCAUCAUCUCUAAACGCCAGCUAGAAAAGAAGAUAUUAGCGAUAGCGGUGAGAGAAAAGAGGGUUGAUUACUCCAAGAUCUGCUGGUAUGUUCACAAUGAUAUUAGGAAACAAUAUGGCCUUGAAGAUUUACCAUUGAAGGACAAAACGUCUGAGAUAAAAGCUCAAGAAGAACAGAUGGCAGCAGCUGCCGCUUUGCAGUCUACGAAGAAUUCCCAACAGUCAUUACCAACGACGCUUGAAGCAAAAACACCGAAUGGUAAAGGCGGAAGUAAUGACAAAACUCCUGCUCGUCCUGCACCUAGUGACCAGAUGUCCAUACUCAGCUUUGCCCAGACGUCCGAUAAAUUGAGCUCCGUCCGAACUGUUGCAGCUGUAGCCGACAGUGUCAGCUGCAGCAGUAGUAGCAGCAGCAGCAACAACAACAACAGCAACAAUGGUGAUAUUGUUGUAACAAAUGAUAUCAAAGAUAAUGCUAAAUCGCCUGCUAAGAAGCCUUUACCUCGUGACCAGAUGUCUAUCUUGAAUUUCACAAAGGCAGCUCCACAGAGUUCAGAAAAAACGGCUUUGCUGAGUACAGUGAAGGCAGAUCAGCAGAGUAGGGAUAAAUCUGUGUCUUUGAAGAACGCAGACAGUAGCUCGAUGUGUGACAGUGUCAUCGUUAUAGACGACACUGAUAAGUAUAACAGCAGUGAAUCCAAGACAAAUACUGAUGGUAAGAGUGUGGAACUGAAGACUAGUGGUGAAAGUAAGACUGUUGAAAUGAAAGAGGCAAGAGGCGAAGGUAGCAAUGUUGAUGAUAUGAAACCAAGCAUCAAUUGUGCGAGUAAAAGCAGCUGUGACAGCAGUGUAACGAAACCAAAUGUCAAUGGAGAUUGCAAUGAUGUAAAGCCAAGCAGCACUUCUGAAAGUAUUGAGGGCAAACCGGGAUGUGUAAAUUUAGAUGCAGUGAAGGAACCCAUGAAGGAUGAAACGACUCCUGAUUUCAAAAAGUCGGUAAACCCACAGACAUCAACAAAUAUCCUGCCUGCCACAGAUCAUUCCGUUUCUCCCCAGAAUUGUAAUUCUACUGAUGUAGAGAUGGUUGAGGAACCAAAAUCAACCACUGGGUGAAGGGUCUUUAAAAAAUAAAAUUAAAAAAAAAAAAAACUGAAAAACAAUGAAAAGGAGAAACAAAAAAAAACAAACUGAAACAACUAUAUAUAUUUAAAAUAAAUAUUUAAAUUAGAAGGAAACACUUGUGACAUGAAGAACACAUAUGCACACACACACACACACACACAAAAAGAAAGCCCUCUACACAGAACAGAAAUCCUAAAUGGCCAUUCCGUCUUGAUUUGUUACUUCAAACCAACUUGUAAAUAAUUAUAAAGAUUUUUGGUUAUGGAACUCCAA